AUGUAUGACCGAGCUCCCAGGUUCACACAUUUAAGCGGCACCACGACUGAAAUUGGACCAGGGUCGUAUAAUAUCAGCGGUUCUCUGAGCACGGCGAGGUUGCUGCUAAAUCAUGAUGCUCCGGCCAUCCCGUCUCCCGGACAGGCAUUUGGAUAUGAAGAGGAUGCUCAAGGUGUCCUGCACCGACACAAACCCCCCACCAGAGACCAGACCCUCGGCCCGGCCUUCUACAGUCCCGUACCGCAGGAGCUGUUGUCCUCUCAGAAGUAUCAAGGUGUGCAUUUCGGGAAGAUGUCAGGACGGAGAGAGCAGGUAAAGGGUGGAGACAGACCUGGACCAGGACAGUAUGAUCUACAAGAGGAUCACACUGUCCUCUAUGAGAAUGUGAAUCUCAGGCGAGAGCAGAGAGGCCAUUCAGAGCUGGUCAUCCCUCGAUACCAUGAGCUGGUGGCUCUACAGGAGGAGAAGAAGGGUGUUCCAGGACCAGGGCAAUACUACAUAAAGAGUCAGUUUGAGACGCCCUGUAACCCACACGCUCCUGGGUUGAGUCCACCCUUCCUGUCUCAAGCUCAGAGGUUCAGUCCAGUCAAGGAUGAGACGCCCCCUGUAGGUGCGUAUGAUGACCCGCGCUGUGCUCUGGAGAUCCUGAAGAAAGGCAGAGGGGUGAAGAAGAAUGCUUUCGGCCUGACAGCUGUACGCUUCCUGCCAGAAAACAGAUCGAAAGCUACGCCAGGUCCCGGUGCCUAUAAUGUGUUUGAGUAUGGCCUGGCUUAUGAGAGUUUGAAGAAAGCCUGUCUGGAGAGCACAAGGAAGGGUGCCUUCGGCUCUACUGCACCGCGCCGGCUUUUCCUCCCCAGCAAAGAGGAAAUGAGACGCCCAGGGCCGACUCAGUACAAGGUGGAGAAAACAACUGAAGCGUUAUAUAAGAAACAGAGUACAGCUGCUUUUAAAUCUGCCACUGACAGACUUGUGGGUUCACUGUUCACCAAAAAUACACCUCUGCCAGGCUCAUAUAAUGUGAGCAAAUCGUUUGAGAAGAUACACGGCCUCCAACACUACAGCAAGCCGCGGAACGAGAAAGCACACAAGCGACAGAGCUGCUUCCUGUCUGCCGCCCCCAGAGACCCCGCCUUCCUCCAUUACGACCCUGAAACCCCAGGUCCGGCUCAAUAUAGUCCAGAUGUUCAAUUCAGCCCAAAACUUGCACUGAUUGUCUCAAAAGAAGAUCGCUUCAAAAGCCCUAAAGACAAGACCCCAGGACCCGGAGCAUAUGAGUUGAGUCCGGUCAUCAUGGACACGGUUCUGAAAGGCACCUUCAACGUAACGCUCCAUGAUCCUUUGGUGUCCAGCAUGAGAUCUUUAUCUUCACGCAGGUCUUUGAGAAAACCCUCUGCUCACAGCAGUGCCUAGCUCAGGUCAAAGGUCACACACUUCCAAAAAGACCUCGGCUAAGCCUCUCCUAUUAAACACAUGCUUCCCAGGAGUUCCUGUCACACACACACACACCUCUUUAUG